AUGACCAUUAUUCACAGGGACGUCGACUCGGUAGAGUCGCAGCCCUCAACAUCGCGGUCGCCAGCCGUCGUCGCCAUCCAGAUAAACCAGACAGAAGAUAAGAAGGACGAUUUCGUCAAGAACAUCGACGAGGACGUCAACAAUCUCACUGCUACUACCGACGAGGAGGACCACGACCCUGAAAGCCAGAAAUACGACCGGCACUCCAUCCAGGAGGAGGGCCUCGUUUGGAAGGGCGACCCCACAUACUUGCCCAACUCUCCAUACCCUGAGGUGAGAUCGGCGGUGUCCAUUGAGGACGACCCGACCAUCCGUCUCAACCACUGGCGGACUUGGUUCUUGACCACGAUCUUCGUGGUGGUGUUUGCAGGUGUCAAUCAGUUCUUCUCUCUGAGAUAUCCAUCGCUCGAGAUUAAUUUCCUUGUCGCACAGGUCGUGUGCUAUCCCAUAGGAAGAAUGCUGGCUCUCCUGCCCGAUUGGAAGUGCACCAGAGUGCCCUUCUUCGAUUUGAAUCCGGGGCCCUUCACCAAGAAGGAGCACGCCGUAGUCACCAUUGCCGUGGCGCUCACCUCCUCCACCGCAUAUGCAAUGUACAUUCUCAACGCACAAGGAAGUUUCUACAACAUGAAACUGAACGUCGGAUACCAGUUCUUGUUGGUUUGGACCUCUCAAAUGAUCGGCUACGGUGCCGCGGGCCUGACCAGAAGAUGGGUCGUCAACCCUGCCAGCUCCAUCUGGCCUCAAACGCUAAUUUCCGUGUCGUUGUUCGACUCGUUGCACUCCAGAGAGGUCGAAAAGUCAGUUGCCAACGGCUGGAAGAUGCCCCGUUACAAGUUCUUCUUGGUCAUUCUUAUCGGGUCCUUUGUCUGGUAUUGGGUGCCCGGGUUUCUUUUCACUGGGCUGUCAUAUUUCAACGUUGUCCUUUGGGGCUCCAAGACAAGACACAAUUUCAUCGCUAACACAAUUUUUGGUACUCAAAGUGGGCUUGGUGCCUUACCAAUCACCUUCGACUACACUCAAAUCUCUCAAGCCAUGUCCGGUUCCGUGUUCGCCACACCUUUUUACGUCUCCGCCAACACUUAUGCAUCUGUGUUAAUUUUUUUCGUCAUCGUUCUACCAUGUCUGUAUUUUACCAACACUUGGUACGCCAAAUUCAUGCCCGUUAUUUCAAGUUCCACUUAUGACAACACUCAAGGCAAGUACAACGUCACAAAAAUCUUAAACGAAGACUACUCCAUCAACCUCGAGAAGUACAAAGAAUACUCGCCUGUUUUCGUCCCAUUUUCGUAUCUUUUGUCAUACGCUCUGAAUUUUGCCGCUGUCAUUGCUGUCUUUGUUCACUGUAUCCUAUACCAUGGUAAAGAUAUCGUUGGCAAGUUUAAAGAUCGUAAAAACGGUGGUGUUGAUAUUCACAUGAGAAUCUAUUCCAAAAACUAUAAAGACUGCCCCGAUUGGUGGUACUUGGUCUUGCAAAUCGUCAUGAUAGGUUUAGGGUUUGUUGCAGUUUGUUGUUUCGACACUAAGUUCCCUGCUUGGGCAUUUGUUAUCGCGAUAUUGAUUUCCCUUGUUAACUUCAUUCCACAAGGUAUCCUGGAAGCGAUGACUAACCAGCACGUUGGUUUGAACAUUAUCACCGAACUAAUAUGUGGUUAUAUGUUGCCUUUGAGACCAAUGGCGAACUUGCUAUUUAAACUAUAUGGGUUUAUUGUCAUGAGACAAGGCCUAAAUUUAAGCAGAGAUUUGAAAUUGGCCAUGUACAUGAAAGUGUCACCACGUUUGAUCUUUGCCGUUCAAAUCUAUGCCACUAUCAUAUCCGGUAUGGUUAACGUUGGUGUCCAAGAAUGGAUGAUGCAUAAUAUUGACGGCUUGUGUACCACUGAUCAACCAAACGGGUUCACUUGUGCCAAUGGUCGUACAGUUUUCAAUUCCUCCAUCAUUUGGUCUUUACCCAAAUAUCUUUUCUCACCAGGGCGUAUUUAUAAUCCAUUGAUGUGGUUCUUCUUGAUUGGUUUAUUAUUCCCAAUGGUUGUCUACGCUAUUCAAUGGAAAUUUCCUAAAUUUAAGUUUGCCAAGCACAUUCAUACUCCUGUCUUUUUCACAGGUCCAGGUAACAUCCCACCAAGUACUCCCUACAACUACUCGUUAUUUUUCGCAACAUCAUUCUGUCUAAAUAUCAUAAGGAAAAGAUGGAGACCUUGGUUCAACAAGUACAACUUCGUGAUGGGAGCUGGUGUUGAGGCUGGUGUCGCAAUCGCUGUCGUCAUUAUCUUCUUAUGCGUACAAUACCCGGGAGGUAAACUCAGCUGGUGGGGGAACAACGUUUGGAAAAGAACGUAUGAUAAUGAUUAUAAGAAAUUUUACACCUUAAAGAAAGGUGAGACUUUCGGUUAUGAUAAAUGGUGGUAA